AAUCAGGAAGUCAUCUUUAUGAUUUAGACGAGACUAAACGAUAUGAAAGAUAGUUGGGUGUGUGAUUUGAUUUUCAGCCUUGACGGUGACCAAAAUAAACAUCCUGGACAAUCUUUUCGAUCUAUAACAUCCUGGCCCAAACUAUACAUCAAAAUAACUAAAUUGGCCAAACACGACGUUUGACCGUUAACUUGGACGGUCAAACGUGUUGACUAACGGUCAACGCGCCACAUCAUCCCCAGUCAGCACAGAACACUUAAAUAAUUGAUUUUUUUUCCACCUAUUACCAUUUAUAUAUGUUAUUGUUUUUUCUUUUCUUUUUAUAUUUAUUUUUAACUUAAUUAGAAUAAUGAGAUUCUGUGUCUUUUUUUAAAUUUUCAACAUUUUUUAUGCUGACUGCGCGAUGAUGUGCCCGUUGAUCGUUAGUCAGCACGUUUGAACGUCCAAGUUAACGGUCAAACGUCGUGUUUGGCCAAUUUAGUUAUUUUGAUGUAUAGUUUGGUGUAGUUAUAAAUCGAAAAGAUUGACGAGUAUAUUUAUUUUGGUCAAAGUUCAGACCAUACAAAUAUAUUAACUCUUAAAAUAGAAAAAGAAGUUGCAAAAAGGCGCGCCAAAACCGACGAAAGGCCUUACCGAUAUCACUUCCCAGCGCCAGAAGCACAGAACCCAGGUUCCGCAUCCAACUCUUCCACUUCUCCUCGCCGUCGCCAUGGGCAAGCAAAAGCAGCUAGUCAUGUCCCGCUUCUUUGCUCCCAAACCCAAAACCCCCGACGAUCCUUCUCCGCCGCCUCCGACCACUUCUCCCUCCCCGAAAAUCGCCGCCACCGUCUCUUUCUCCCCCGCCAAGCGCAAACUCCUCUCCAACCAACUCACCACCGCUUCCAAAAAACCCAAACUGUCCCCGCACACCCACAAUCCAAUCCCUUCGCUCCACCAGAAGUUUCUCGACAAGCUCCUCGAACCCACUCCAAUCGAGACCCCGCAACCCUCGCCGUCGAUCCAGGCUUCGAAGAAAUACACUCCGCUGGAGCAGCAAGUGGUGGGCCUGAAAAAGAAGUACCCCGACGUUCUAUUGAUGGUCGAAGUCGGUUACAAGUACAGAUUCUUCGGGGAAGACGCGGGGAUUGCGGCCAGGGUGUUGGGGAUUUAUGCUCAUAUCGAUCACAACUUUCUGACGGCAAGCAUACCAACUGUUCGACUAAAUGUCCAUGUGAGGAGACUGGUGAAGGCAGGGUACAAGGUUGGGGUGGUUAAACAGACCGAGACCGCCGCGAUUAAGGCGCAUGGGGAGAACAGAGCCGGCCCGUUUUGUAGAGGGUUAUCGGCGCUUUACACGAAAGCUACGCUGGAGGCGGCGGAGGAUAUGGGUGGUGGGGUGGAGGAUGGCUGUGGCGGAGAGAAUAAUUACUUGUGUUGCGUUGUGGAGAAGAAUUUGUUAGUGGAGGAGAAUAAGGAUUGUGGUAAGAUUGAGACUAGGUUUGACGUGAAGAUUGGGAUGGUAGCUGUUGAAAUUUCAACUGGGGAUGUUGUGUAUGGAGUGUUCGAUGAUGGGAUUAUGAGGAGUGGAUUGGAGGCUCUGGUUCUGAGCUUGGCCCCUGCUGAGUUGCUUCUUGGGGAGCCUCUCUCGAAGCCGACAGAGAAGUUAUUGUUAUCAUAUGCGGGGCCUGCUUCAAAUGUUCGAGUUGAGCAUGUCUCACGUGAUUGCUUUAGCGAGGGUGGUGCACUUGCUGAGGUGAUGUCGCUAUAUGAAUAUCUGGGUGAAGACAAGCUGGUGGAUGAUGGGAAGCGAAUGGCAGAGAUGUCUGGGCGGGAAAAGCACCACCCGGCAAUUGAGGGAAUCAUGAACAUGCCUGAUUUGGCUGUACAAGCACUGGCCUUGACUAUUCGUCAUCUAAAACAGUUUGGGUUUGAAAGAAUCUUGUGCAAUGAAGCUUCAUUUAGACCUGUCUCAAGCAAUAUAGAGAUGGACCUUUCAGCCAAUACGCUUCAACAGCUAGAGAUUUUGACGAAUAACUCAGAUGGAUCUGAGACUGGAUCCCUGCUUCAUGUACUGAGCAACACUCUUACCAUAUAUGGUUCAAGGCUUCUUAGACACUGGGUGACUCAUCCUCUAUGUGACAGAAACUUGAUCCAUGCUCGUCUUGAUGCUGUUUCUGAAAUCUUGGGUUCUAUGAGUUCCUGUAAAGCUUCUCGAACGGUUGGUGAGCAUGAUGAGGAAGGUUACCAAACGGCAACUGUGCAUCAUGACUUGUACUUUUUGCUUUCUUCUGUCUUGACAACUUUGGGAAGAUUGCCUGAUAUUCAGCGUGGGAUAACGAGAAUUUUCCAUCGAACUGCUACCCCCAAAGAGUUUGUUGCAGUUAUUGAAGGCAUAUUAUAUGCUGGGAAACAACUUCAGCGAUUCCACAUUGAGGACCAAAGCACUGUUACGGAUGUGAGAAGAUCUGUACAGUCUGUUCUACUGAGAACAUUGAUUUCAACUGCAUCCUCAUCCAGUGUGGUUCAUACGGCUGCAAAACUAUUGUCUUCCGUAAGCAAAGAAGCAGCAGAGCAAGGGGAUCUACUGAAUUUGGUUAUCAUCCGUGAUGGACAGUUUCCAGAGGUUGCAACAGCCCGCAAAGCCAUUCAAUUGGCAGAGGAAAAUUUGGAUUCUCUUAUGCAUUUGUAUCGUAAGCAGCUACGCAAUCGUAAUUUGGAAUUUACUAGUGUAUCUGGCGUUACUCAUUUGAUAGAGUUGCCCUUAGAUGUGAAGGUGCCCUUGGAUUGGGUAAAGGUAAACAGUACCAAAAAAACAGUCCGUUAUCAUCCUCCUGAAGUAUUGAGUGCAUUAGACCAGUUUCAAGUUGCUAAGGAGGAGCUGAUGAUAAUUUGCCAAGCUACCUGGGACAGCUUCCUAAGGGGCUUUGGUAAAUACUAUUUAGAAUUCCAAGCCGCUAUUCAAGCACUUGCUGCUUUGGAUUGCUUACACUCACUUGCCACUCUUUCAAAAGCUAAGAAUUAUGUCCGUCCAACCUUUGUGGAUGACAGUGAACCUGCCCAGAUAGAUAUCUGCUCUGGUCGUCACCCGGUUUUGGAGAUCAUAUUGCAUGAUACUUUCGUUCCAAAUGAUACUAAGUUGAAUGCUGAUGGAGAAUAUUGCCAAAUUGUGACUGGUCCGAACAUGGGUGGGAAGAGUUGUUACAUACGCCAAGUUGCUCUCAUUUCUAUCAUGGCCCAGGUUGGUUCAUUUGUACCAGCAUCAUCUUGCAAAUUGCAUGUGCUGGAUGGUAUCUACACUAGAAUGGGGGCUUCAGAUAGUAUUCAACAGGGUCGAAGUACUUUCCUAGAAGAGCUUAACGAGGCUUCAAAUAUACUCCACAAGUGUACACACCAUUCACUGGUCAUAAUCGAUGAGCUCGGAAGGGGGACAAGCACACAUGACGGGGAAGCCAUUGCAUAUGCUACUUUACACCACCUUCUGGAGCAGAAAAAGUGCAUGGUUCUUUUCGUAACCCACUACCCAAAAAUAUCUGAGAUUAAAGCAAGAUUUCCAGGCUCUGUGGGGGCAUACCAUGUGUCAUAUCUUACCUCAAAGAAAACUGUGGAUGAUGCUACCAACUCGAGCUCUGGUGCUGGUGAUGAUGUAACUUACCUAUAUAAGCUGGUCCCUGGCAUUUGUGAGAGAAGUUUUGGGUUCAAGGUUGCUGAGCUCGCUCAGUUACCAUCCUCGUGUAUAAGACGGGCCACUUUGAUGGCUGCCAGGCUGGAAGCUGCUGAAAGUGGCAAACUAGGAGAUGAUAAAGAACGAAUGCGGUUCAUUGAUCACCAAGACGCAGAUCAAAUUUCAGAAUCUACACAAACAAUGGGCGAUGAAUUCGGGGAAUUGUUGAUGGACAUCAACUCUGCGUUUGCGGGUACACUGGAUUGUGAUGGUCCAAGAUUUUAUGAGCGUAUAUUGAAUGCCAGAGAAAGAGCAAGGGAAUUAUUGACGAAGUUUCCCCCUUCGGGUUCUCAUUCGUAAAGGAAGAAGCCUCUCUGGGCAUUUAGCAUUUUGGCCUCGAGGCAUCUGCAUGUCACUAAAAGCUCUUGUAUGCAUUAUGUACAGUUAUCAUAAUCUAUAGCUGUUGAUUCACUUAUUUUCACUGGGAGAUUUGAGUACAUUAUAACUUUACCAUUGCAAUUACGUGAAUGUCAAUCCUUAAUGCUAAGCUACGAACAAUCUAAGGUCUCUGCCUUCUUCUCAAAUGCUCCUGUGCACCAUUGUACUGUCAUUACUAUGAAGAGGCGAAAUCGACAUGGCAUUGUUCGCUGAAUCUGUUUCGUCAUGCAGAGCGUCAAUCGACCAUGCCCUUUCUGUGAUUCUGUUUGCUCUUGCAUUUUGCUGAUUUUGUUUCUUCGCCGGACUCCUUGGAUGCAAACCUUCUGACUGGUGCUGGUGGCUAUUAACGAGCACGACAUAUGCUAUUGUUGUCACACAAUUAAAAUUCAACUUAACCCGUUUUAGUUUUAGCAUCCUUUGUAGCAUUGUAUUGGUUUCAUGAUUAGUACCGAUUGAACCAAUGUAACUUUUUGAGCUUCGAUUCAACCGGCCGAUAUGCUACCGACAAUCCGGCAUGACAACCAUGGUUAUUGCCCAUGUCUUUCUUUUCACUUGGUACAGGGGGCAACAAAAUUGGUAGUAGAUGAAGUGAAAGGAGUAGUAGCCAAUGAAUUGGUCUAACGGAGAAACAAAGUUUGGGUGCCCACUUGAUGCCAACUUGCAGAAUUAUUUGAGUCCGACAACAAAUAGCAAUAUGGCACCAAAUAAAGAGGUUGCCCAAUCGGGACGAUUGCCAUUUGAAGGCGGCUGCUGUGCUUCUUCGGCCAAAGGAUCACAAAAGAGUAUAGCCAAUCCUGACAGUUUCAACUUGCAUUUCCACUAAGUAAAUAUCUUCAAGAGAUCAAUGGAGUGAACUCACAUACCAACGCGAUGUGUAAUUUGAUCCGGUGGUAUCCACGGCAAAACUACAAUUGAGAAUUAGAAGGUCGAUUUGAAUUUUACGAUAUUUUUAAUUCAUCGUUUUCGACAAAAAAUCUAAAUUGUGUAGAAACUACUAUCUAACGAUCAAAUCAUACUUAAUUGUGUAUAAACUUGAUAAAUAGACAUCAUUUUAUGAUUUUUAUCUAACAAAAAAAAAAGAGUAAUUCUGCGGUAAUUACAUCAACUCCUUCAAACAAAGAUUUGAAAGACGU